AAUAGACAAUAAUAGGAUUUGAUCUGUGAUUGUAGAGAAAAGCGUUCGUUCUGAGAAUAGAAAACAUCUGCCUCCGUAGAGCGCUUCAUUACCGAAACUCCGGAAACUAGUUUCCUCCGAUACUGGAAUGAACCGUUUAUUGUGCGAUAACCCUGGUGCGUCAGUCCUAUUCCUCUAUAAAUCCACGCCGUGAUUUAAAUGCUGUCCCGCCACAAACGCGCCUCACUUUAGGGUCGUGUGUGUGUGAGAGAGAAAAUAAUACUUUAUAUUCAGUAACAACCACAGUGAGAGAACUAUCCCGGAGUCUGACAGUCUGUUAUUUCGCACAGAGCGAGGAGAGACGCAGCACGAGGACAAUAUUGACUCAAACGUUUACUUUGUGACUAUAGCUCUCAACAGGAACCGGCGGAUUCCUUACUAAAUAUAGACCACAACAAUUGUCAAAGUUUUUGACAACAAACAUUUACGGGUGUGGUGUUAUCCUGCUUUCCAUUGGACUUGAUUUGUACAUUUUGACUUUUUUUUUACCAUUAUUUGCCUUCCUCAAACGGACCUACAGCUGCGUUUAAAAGUGGCUUUCUAAAGGCCAGGCAGGGCCAUGUCUCCAGUCUCAAUCUGUGGUUUGGAAUAGGCUACUCGUGGUGACCUAGUGAAGCAGGUGUCCCCAGGUGAUGACCUCACUGUUUUCCAGCCCAGCCCACGUCGUCAUGAAGGACCGCGAGCCUCCGCCAUCCUCCCUCACCCUGCUCCACUACCCUGGGAUGACGGUCACCGCCAAGACCCCUGGGGAUGACCCCUUUCCCUCCUCCACCUCUCCAUCCCUCUCCAAACCACAGCCCUUCUGCCUGCAGACCCUCCAGACCAGCCCUCACCUCCUCGCCAGCAUGCAGCUCCAGAAACUCAACUCCCACUACCAGAGUCUGGCUGGAGGCAGUGGUGCCUCAGGGCUCAACUCAGGGCCUCAGAGGGGGUUUGGGGGCUCCACGGUGGGCUCGGCUGGGCAGCUGAUCGGGGGUACCCCUGGAGGUGGCGGAGGUGGGAACCAGAGUUGUGGAUCUGGCGGGAUCAUAGAUUCUGACCCAGUGGAUGAAGAGGUUCUGAUGUCAUUGGUCAUAGAGCUGGGGUUGGACCGGGCCAAUGAGCUACCUGAACUCUGGCUGGGACAGAAUGAGUUUGACUUUAUAGCGGACGUACCUGCUGGAUGUUGACCGGAUAGAGCGAUGGAAGGAGGGGAUCUGUGCUCUCUUUCAUUCUUCUGUUAGUCUCUUGUUUGGAUGGACACAGACUCCGACGUCCCUGCCGCAUACUAACCUAAACACAUAGAAAGAGAAA